AUGGAAGAGCCGUUCAACAUACGGCAGUUCGUCGCCUGGGUCGAUGAAUUUUACACGACGACCGACGAAAAUCGCCGACACGAGCUUGACACGGCCUUAUGUCGGUUCAGAACUGGUCAGUGAUUCAUCAUUGCUUGAUUCCAAACUUGUUUCAAAAACUAAAAAAAACCGCUUUCAUAUAUGAAAAUUUUUUUUUCAAAUAUGAAGUUUUUAUUGCGAAAAGAAAAAAAAACUUCCUUUAUUUUAUGGGAGGGACAUACUUCUCAUGGACCUUGGAAGAAAAUUUUAGAUACCAUAUAUAAUUUUCUAUUUCUUUUUAGUUCUGUUGAAUAGUCUCUAUUGGGGUAAAAAUUUUGGGUAUAGCAGAAAAGUAAAUUUUUUAAUUCAGAGUAAAAUCUUUUUUUUCCAGAAUUUGGUUGUCAAGAAACGAUCUCCUCGUGUGUUUCCAUCAUAAACUCACCCAAUAUUAGUGCACACGCUAGGUUCGACUCAUUUUAAGCCUUUUCCAUCAAGAAGCCAUCGUAGUUCAGGUAUUUCGCGGCAAUGUCCUUGUACGAUAUAAUCCGAGGACGUUCCGAAGAAUGUAUUUCUAAUAUGGAAAUUGUGAGGAUUCCUUCAAACUUUUCAGAAAUUCAUUCCCGUUUUUUUCAGUUGGAAAGUUUGAAAGUUUUCCUGAUCGACAGCCUAACCAACGGGGCUCACAUACAGACGCAGUCCAUUACCAAUAAAGUUAGUUCUUUUUUUGAAUUUUUUUCAUUCUUUCACUAUUUUUGAAACUAGACCUUUUUUUGGAUGAAAAAAAUUAAUCAAUUGAAAUGAAAUGAGGGGGAAUUAGCAAGUUAGGUUGAAUUUUUUUAAUUUGGAAAAACCAAAAAAAUCAGUUUUUCUGAGACGGAAUUUGACCCAUCGUCCGUCUGAAAUUUACUGUUUCGGCGUUUCAUUAACUUUUUUUCAAAAAAACCUGUUUUGGCGUUACUGUUUGAAAAAAAUUCAUGUAAAAUUUGACGAUUCCUUGUUUCUUGUGACAUUAUUUUCUAUUUGCGUCUUCUCAUAGCUGCUGACAAAGUAAAUCAGUUGACUUUGCGGUUGGAAAUUUAUUUUUAAUUUGGUCAAAACACCCCUUGAUUUACCAGAUGAAGAUCCUAAAGUUCUCAUCCUGCAAACUUCCUGAUUUCCUAGAGCGGUUGUCUUAAAGUCGGAAAACCAUCAAAAACCGCAAAAGUGGACCAUUUUUACCCCUUAUCCCUUAAAAACUGUGAAGUUGUCCAGGCUGAGACUUUCAGGGUCUUUAUCAGAUACGAUUUUCGGAGAUUUAUAAGAGGAAGAUAUUAAAAUGAGCGCUUCUAGUUGUCCUCGACGUUGGCUUUGCUCGCCCUGUAUUGCAUCCCUGACGUUUGGUCCGAGCCCAUCGCCGAUCUGACUUCUCUUUGGGCCGCCACUCCUGAACUCCUACUAAGGUUCCAACAACCUUUUUAUUAGAAAGUAGCUCUCUUUCAGAGUCUUAUCUGAGAUGGCGGCGGAAUUCCAACACGUGAAAGUGCCACUAACCCAAAGGAGCCUUUUGAAAGCAGAACUCCAUAAAAUGACCCAGGUUGGGGUUAUUUUUUCUUUUUUGGGUCUUUUUUUUUUCUUCUUUUUUCACAUGGUUCUGAUUUUCUUUUGACGAAAAUUGGAAAAAAUUUUCUUGAAGCUUAAUUGGAUUAUUUUUGAAGUUUUCUUCGUGGAUUUAUUUAUGUUCUUUGAGAGAAGAUCAUCCCACCUUUAUCUUGUUUUUUUAAAUCUACGAUCUCUUUUUCAAGUCUGUUCUGGUCAUUAUCGGCAAAAAGUUAAAUUAGGGUCGAUAUAAGGCUGUAAAAAAUAUUUUUGAUCUAACUCGGUAAGCUGUCUUAAAACUGAAUGGAUCGAAAAAAAUUAACAAGUAUUUUAAAGCAAAUAACUUUUGAAGACAAGUUUCUAGGAAGUUUUUCUUUUUAUUCUCAAUCCCACUCUCAACUCGAAAAAUGCCUUAAUAAAAAAAACGUGACCUGGACUUUAGACGGCCUCGUUUGAAAAGAUUCCAAUGAGCACACUUUCAAAGGCUCUAGACUUAUUCUUUCACUUUUUUAUAGGAUUUGAUCAAGAUCAUCGGAACUGUCCUGUCGGCUGGAGACGCGACGCCUUCAACUCGACAGGCGGCUAUCGAAUGCGUCGAACAGUGGCUCCGACUCCCCGGGGCUUCCCUCGAGAGUUGGGCCAACGUCCUUGACGUCGUCUUCGCCUCUGUCGCUGACGAUUGGUCAGAAUCUAUUGAAUUAUUUUCAUACUUCUGUUUGACUUCAAAGAAGGGGCACCGGGAUCAAAUAGUUCUUUUCUCGUUUUUUUUUGUGUCAAGUAUAAUCGAACUUGACUUUGAUAAUGAGAUUGAAGGCUUGAGUAUCAGACUUAACAUCGUUGAGUUUCUCGAAAAAAAAAGUUUUCAGCGCUGCUCUGACAAACUUAUUCAAUAUUUUGUCGGACAACGAGGAUAUUGAGAACUUGACGCAGCUGAUCAUCAACAUAUGUGAAUAUAUCUCGACCACCUGUUCACAGGUUUGAGCUUCUCCGAAUUCAGAACUACGUAGUUUUUGGAGAAAGUUGCGGAAGAACUCCGCGGCGACAGUUGCAGCGAGGAAGUCCGCGCCCUGGUCGCAUCGAUUUGCGGAUUUCUGAUGAAAGCCGUGCCGACUCUCGCUCAGAACUUCUUGCAGGCUUCAGAUCCUCGGCUCAUGUUCGGAGAUUUUCCGUCUCACAUCUUAUAUCUCUGCUUUUCCAGAGAUAUCCUGAGCUUUCUUCAAGCCAUCGGCAACUGGGAAGGAAGGUUUCCCAUCGAUGAGAGGGUUUCCGACCUGGCCAUCGACUUCUGGACGCUUCUCCGCGUCGAAUUAAACGAAGGCCUUCCCUCUUCACCCAAAAACGACCCGAAUGUUGGAGAGAAAGAAAUAAACUUGGCCACUUCAACUUAAAGUUUCAGUUGAUGGCGACCGUCAGAAGAAUGUACGCCCAAUGUCUCCAUUGCGCCGUUUUCAAGCACAUGUAUCCGCCGUGGAGGGAAUUUGCCUCGUAUUCCGCCGAAGACAAGGAACUUUUUGAUAGGUGAAUCAAAAAAAUAAUUAUUCAUUCCAGAUCAAGAUUUUCUUUUUGAUAGUCUGUAAUCUUUAAGUUUCAUACCCACUUUAUUAUUAUUGAAGAAAUCCUUUCUUCAGCUACCGGGUGAGUCGGGAAGAAAUUCCUUUCAAUGCUUAUUCGCUGGUCGGCGAGAGCACUCUGAAAUUCCUGAACGUCGAGUUGGAAGGCGCCAUCGCCGGCAACGACGUGAACAAGUGCGAAUGCGUCCUGCAUCUGUGGGCGGCCGUCUCUGAACUCCUCUCGGAGAAGGCCUACGAAGAGAUCCUCCACUGCAUCCAACUUCUCACUUCGCCAAGCCUCGCUGAGGUUGAUCCGAACGAUGGAGAUCAGCAACGGCGAGGAAACACCCUGAUGUCCCUUCUUUUACAGCUCGCGCAUCUUAUUCAAGAUCACGACAAGGUUCACAGAAAAAAGAUAGUUAGAAUUGCAUUUCUGAUCAGGUAGUGGAACUGGAACUGGCCAUUAUUCCGUUGAUCCUGACUCAUUUGGAGCGGCUCAGCGACCCUGAAAAUGCUCUGUUUGCUCUCUUCACGUAUGUACAUGAUCGAUCUGAGAGUCUGAACGUGGGAAAAAAAAAGAUAGCGAGGAUUCAAUUUAGUUUUCGUAGGUGAUUGGCUCGACGAUUUCUGAGCGAUGUUACAACUUUUUCAUGGACGAAUCUCAUCCUGAGCAGCAAAGGCUAGAAGCUCUGAAGUGCAUCGGACACGUCUUGACCAAGCGAACUCCGAAAGAAGCCAUGGUGAGGAAAAAUAGUGAAAAAAAAGCGAUCAUGGAUUAGUAGAAAUAGCCAUGUUGGAACUUUGAGCCAUCCUUUUCUGAGAAGUUAAGAAAUUUUACAGAUUAACAUUUUAAAAACUCCAUCUGGAUUCCAGAAAGAUCCAAUGGAAGAAAUGAAGUUUACGUAUUUGUUAAUAUUUUUGAAUACUGUUUUUUUUUACUCAUUCGCCUCAUUUUGGUGUGGGCCCUUUCAAAGAAUAAUGAAAAAUAUUCCGAAGGAUGUUUUAGGAAAUUAUCGGCCACAUCCUGGAUGUUCACGUGCGGAAUGACGACAAAUGCGAAGGCUUGAGUGACCAGCAGAUAAUGACUAUUUACUCGUUCAAAAUCAAGAUCUUCUCCGCUCUUUUUGAAAGUCUCAGGUUGAAGAAUCAAGACGGUACCGCAAAAAAAAAAGAGUGCUCCUGAACUGACUCUUCAGAAGCGAGUUUAAGCGAAGAGCCGACGAUAGUUCUUGCUGUGAAAGAGGCGCUUCCGGUCUUCGAGACGAUCGUCGAACAACCGCAGUCCGGACCUCUGGUCGCUGACGUCCUCAUGGCGAUGAGAAGCGCCAUCAGCGCCCUGCCCAAGAACUACCUUCCCGCCGUGUUCCCCUUCCUGGCCCGACUACUCCACACGACCCUUUUGAGUAGUCCGCAGGCCGCCGUCGAACUCGCCAAGUCUACUGUCUUGGUGUGUCCUUCGAAGUCUCCUUUGUGCCUUCUUUUUUAUGAAAUUUCAUUGAGAUCAAUAAUUUUUGGCUUACCAAACAAUAGGAAUUUUCUGUUAAAGCAUCACAGUAGAAAUAACAAAUUCGAUUUUUUUUUAAAUUUUCGAGGAAUAAAAGUUCUUUUCCCAGUUGUGUGGUUUGCUACCUGGCACAGAGCUCUGUGACGCCAUUUGUGACUGGUUUUCGAUGUUCGAGGCGAAUUCCACCAAUCCUGACAUCGAAUACUGGCUGGCCCUCAUCUAUGCCGUACGUGUGGAAGAUAUUUUCCAUCCUUCUCAUCCCAAAUAAUUUGAAGAUCGUGAAGAAAAACUGGAAAACUCUCCGAGCGCAUAAAGAUCGCUCUAUUCCUGCCAUCAGGAGCGCCAUCAACCUGGCGGCCUAUGUUUGAGGAUCUUGGCUUUUCCUGGACUUGAGCGAAGUUUCAGGCGGUGUUCAAUUCGCACUCUCCGAUGGUCAUGAAGGACGCUUCAAAUGUUCUCGCCUCGAUCGCCACGCAAACGACGGCUGACGAUGACGGAGAAGUUCGUUCUCUUCUGGCGUCUCAUGGGAAUGAGCUUGUUAAGGUGAGUGACCACUUCAGUAGUUAAGUUUAAACCAUUCAUUCUAGAAAUUUUCAUUUUUUUUUUUCCGGCCUUCUAGGCGGUUUCAGUGUGAAGUUUAAAUUUUUCCAAAAGCCUCUGAAAAUGAGUGAAGUUCUACUGCUGGAAAGUUUAGAAUAUAUAUUUAUUUUCAAAUUUUAGAAGUUUUGGUUGGAGGGGCUUAUGUGUUAAACGCGAAAUUUUAUAUUUCAUAGAACCGAAAAUAUACAGGUUAUACAAGGAGUUUUUGAAAAAGUUUGGUAUGAAAUUUCGAAAUUUAUAUUUAAAUUACCUCGUUUGACAUAAACUUGAUUUUUUUCACAUUUUUUCAGACUGUGUAUACACUAAAACGGUUUCAGGGGAUCUUUCAAAGGAUACAGACAUUUUUGACGCGGCCAAUCGUCGAAUCUCUUGCCGAAGUUCUUUUCUUCUUCAUGCAGCAGUUCCCGUCAGAAACAAGGUAAAAAUUAAGAAAAUAAAAUGAGUCCGAUUCUUGGAAACAAAAGCUAAGAUAAACCCAAAGGGACAAGUCUGCACCUAAUAAUUCCCUGAAAAUAAUUAAUUCAGAGCGGUCCUGAACGAUGAGCCGUAUGGAGACUCUCAGUUGGUGACAGCCAUGUUCCGAGAAAUCAAAAACCUCCGCACUUUCAAACAAACUGUCGUUCGCUUCAACUUGGCCGCCACCAAAGAUCUGACACUCUAG